AUGGAAGAACAUCGAACAGCUCCGGGAUACAGCUGUAAAUCCUGUACAAGGCCAGAUACCGACGAUGAGAAAUGGGUAGCAUGUGACCAGUGCAAAAUGUGGGAACAUUUCCUCUGUGCAGGCGUAGACGAAUCGGUGAAAAAUCGAUCCUAUGUCUGCAAAGAGUGCACAUCGAAGCGUAAUUGUCGUGAAUCGUCAUGUGAUCACAAAUUAAAACCACCACGGUCAGACGUAAGAUCUCUUCGAUCGACCACAACUAGAUCAAGUUUGAGACACGUCAACAAGGUCACCGAAUUGGCAUCACGAAAUUCAAAGGGUGCACAAAGUACUACAUCAAGUACCCACGCAGCUCGCUUGGAGGCUGAGAUGAAGCUUGUGGAGGAAGAACAGUUAUUAAGAGAGCAGGAACUUAAGGCGGAAGAAGCAAUUAGGAAGAAAGAGAUAGCUGAAAAAGAACGCCGCUUGCAGGAGAAAAAAGCAUUAUUAGAGGAGGAAGCAAAACUGCGUGAGCGAAAAUUACUCGACGAAAAAGAAUUUCAGAAGCGUCAGGAGAUGAUUCGAAAGGAGUCUCUAGAAAAGAAAAGCACCAUUGUUCGACAGAUGAGUAAAUGCGAUAGUAGAGACGAAUCUAUACAAGAUUCUAAUCAGCAAGUGGAUAUGUGGCUACAACAAUGUUCUCCCGAACCACCCGGAGAAGCUGAGUCGCUAUACGAAUCUGGUUUACCGUUACCCGGCGAAAACCAAUCACAAGAUUUCCGUAGGUCAGGAUCAGAUUUGCGGCAGUUUCAAAACAAGAACAAGCAACAACGGAUUGCACAUACACCGCAGCAGGUCUAUGAAGGGGAAGCUACUUCGGACUAUACAGCACGUCGCACUGGUCAACCGAGUAUUCACCGCUCAGAACCAGUUAUGCAUAUGGCACUCGGUGCGAAUCAAAUGGCAGCCAGGCAAGUAAUGGGAAAAGAGUUGCCCCAAUUCUCGGGGAACCCCGAAGACUGGCCGAUUUUCAUCUGUAGCUUUGAACAGUCUACCGCUGCUUGCGGCUACACCGACGCUGAAAAUCUAAUGCGCCUACAGCGGAGUUUGAAGGGGCAUGCUCUCGAAGCAGUGCGGAGUCGACUUCUACUUCCCUCCAGCGUCCCGCAAGUCAUCAGUACUCUUCGCACACUAUAUGGCCGACCAGAGUUACUGAUACGCGCACUAAUCGAGAAAGUCCAUCGCGCUCCCGCACCAAGGCACGAUCGACUUGAGACCGUAAUUGAAUUUGGAUUAACAGUACAAAACCUCGUCGACCAUUUGAAAUCAGCAAAUGAAAUCGUGCAUUUGUCCAACCCGGUACUGAUGCAGGAGUUAGCAGAUAAACUUCCUGGUACACUGAAAAUGGAGUGGGCUGUAUACAAAAGCAAGCGACCGCAGGCAACACUAGAAUCGUUUGGGGAUUUCAUGUCAACACUAGUGUAUGCGGCCAGUCAAGUAUCCUUCGAGCUGCCCAGUACAAGUAGGAAUCACAAAAGCGAUCAUCGGGGACACAAGGAAAAGGGUGUUCAUAUUCAUUCUUCUGGAACUACUUCUACAUCUACUGUUUCUAAUUCGUCUCCGAAUCUAAAAAACCAAGGUAAGGUCUGCGCAACAUGUGAACGUGAAGGACAUAGUGUUGCUGAUUGUUAUAAAUUUAAAUCACUAAAUAUCGACGAUCGGUGGAAAGAGGUUAACAAUAAAAAACUGUGUCGUACAUGCCUGAAUAACCACGGAAAAUGGCCAUGCAAGUCUUGGCAAGGCUGUGGAAUCAAAUCUUGCAGGCAAAAACACCAUACAUUACUGCAUUCCGAUUCCACUUCGUCUUCCAUUAAUAUCUCCGUCGGUCACCCUACUCAAGGAAAAUGUCUUGUUCCUAUGUUCCGAGUACUUCCGGUAGUACUUCAUGCAGGGUCGCGAAAAGAAACGGUUUUUGCUUUUGUAGAUGAAGGAUCUUCUACCACACUUAUAGAAGAGACUGUGGUCAAUCGUUUGGGCGUGUCUGGUCCGAUUGAACCGUUGACGCUACGGUGGACAGGGAAAGUUUCUCGUGAGGAACGACAGUCUCAACGAAUACAAUUGGACAUAUCUGGAGAAGGUAGUCCGACCCGCUACAAAUUGUGUGAAGUCAGAACGGUUAGUUCUUUGCUUUUACCUACUCAAAGAUUGAAGUAUGGUAAGCUUUGUAGUAUCUACCCUCAUUUGCGCGGUCUUCCAUUGAAUGAUUAUGAUCUAACCCAGCCUAAACUACUAAUCGGGUUGGAUAAUCUUCGCCUCACUGUUCCAUUAAAAGCACGCGAAGGCGGACCGAUGGAUCCAAUAGCAGCAAAAUGUCGAUUGGGGUGGAGUAUUUACGGCUGUAUUCCAAGUUCAUCGAAACAUGGACCGGUUCUACACUUUCACGUAGCCACUGCUGACGAUGCAGACCGUCAGUUAGAUAAUCAAUUGCGAGACUACUUCACUCUCGAAGAUGCGGGAUUACUCGGGAGUACAGGUGAGAUUUUAAAGUCGGACGACGAAAUCCGAGCCAUUGAAAUCAUGAAACAAACUACGCGCAGAACGGAUCGCGGAUUCGAAACCGGACUACUAUGGCGUGAGGACUGUCCGAGCUUUCCGGAUAGUCACCCGAUGGCAGUCAAGCGACUACAAUCUUUGGAGAGGAAACUCGCAAAGGAUCCACCAUUGCGAGAACGAGUUCGCGAGCUAUUAAAAGAAUAUUUGCUGAAGGGUUACGCACACAAGGCAACCGAAGCGGAGCUAAAACAUUUCGAUCGUAAACGCACAUGGUUUUUACCACUUGGCGUGGUCGUGCACCCCAAGAAACCAAACAAAAUAAGGCUUGUUUGGGAUGCUGCUGCAACCGUCGACGGAGUUUCUUUUAACUCUAAGCUCCUGAAGGGACCCGACUUAUUGGCACCUUUACCAGCAGUUCUUAGUCGCUUUCGUCAAUUUCCUGUGGCAGUGUGCGGUGACAUCAAAGAGAUGUUUCACCAGCUCUCGAUUCGUGAAGAAGAUCGUAUGGCACAGUGUUUUCUGUGGCGAAACAGUCCAUCGGAGUCAAUCGAGGUGUACGUUAUGGACGUCGCCACAUUUGGUGCCACUUGCUCGCCCGCUUCUGCACAAUACAUAAAAAAUCUCAACGCGUUAGAGUGUGCAGAAGCUUUUCCACGUGCCGUGACAGCGAUUGUGGAAAACCAUUAUGUGGACGACUAUCUCGACAGCUUUACAACGGUCAAGGAAGCUAUCGACGUUGUGAAAGAUGUUAAAAAUAUACACGCGAUGGGCGGUUUUGAGAUGCGUCGUUUUCGCUCUAAUUCUGAGGAGCUUCUGCGAGAAAUAGGAGAUAGCUGUCCAGAUAAGCCUAAGAGUUUGAUGCUGGAGAGAAACGGAUCGUCCGAAUCCGUGCUCGGAAUGUCUUGGGACCCUGCAGACGAUAACUUUUCCUAUUCGUUUAAUCUACGGGCCGAUAUCAGUCGAAUUGUCGACGAGAUGUACGUUCCGACAAAGCGAGAAAUUCUUAAGGUCGUGAUGAGUCUCUUCGACCCCCUCGGACUUAUUUCACACUUCCUUAUCCACGGCAAAGUAAUUAUCCAGGCUACCUGGACUUCUGGCAUUAGUUGGGAUGAGCGAAUCAAUAAUGAACUCUACCAAAAGUGGCGCAGAUGGGUUGCACUAUUCCCGAGGCUGCAUGAACUAAAAAUCCCUAGGUGCUAUUUCUCUUCAUUCCCGGCUAACGAUAAUGCUGUCCAAGUACAGGCCUUUGUUGAUGCUAGUGACAUCGCCUAUUCAUGCGCGGUGUAUUUCCGACUCGAGUAUAUCAAUGACAUCCGAGUAAUAUUAGUAGGAGCCAAAAGUAAAGUCGCACCAGUAAAAACUUUAUCAACUCCAAGACUUGAAUUGAAAGCAGCGGUUCUCGGAGUACGAUUCGCUACAGCAAUUAUUGAAUACCAUACACUUCCGGUAUCACAACGUGUCUUUUGGAGCGACUCGACAACAGUAUUGGGAUGGAUCCGUUCAGAUCAUCGGAGGUUUACAAAGUUUGUAUCGGUUCGAGUUGGUGAAAUCUUAACUUUGAGUGAUCAACACGAAUGGAGAUGGGUACCGUCUAAGCACAAUGUCGCGGAUUAUGCGACGAAAUGGAAACGAGACCCUAAUCUCAGUCCUGAUUGUACGUGGUUGAAAGGACCACCGUUUCUGCGAUUAGCUGAAGUUUCAUGGCCAGAACAACCCGUUAUAGCAACAGCUCACGAAGAAGUUCGAAUAGUUCAUCUGCACAGUCAAAUUGCUCCGCUUGUUGAAUAUUCUCGAUUCAGUAAAUGGACAAGACUUCAUCGUACAAUCUCAUACGUCAUCCGUUUCAUCGAUAAUGCCCGCCGCAAGAAUAUCGGGCAACAGUUUCGACGUGAAUUGCUCACUCAAGAUGAGCUGGCACGCGCAGAAGUUCUUCUAUGGAAACUGGCUCAGGCGGAAUGCUUUCCACAAGAGGUUUCGAUACUGCAAAAAACGAUGGGUCCUGCAGAAGUCAAACAUCCACCCGUUUCCAAAUCCAGUAGUAUCCACAAAACCUGGCCAUACAUGGACGGCUGCGGAAUAUUACGCAUGCGAGGUCGUAUUGGGGCAGCAUAUUUCUUACCCUUCGAAGCUAGAUAUCCGGUAAUUCUUCCAAAAGAACAUCCCGUGACGAUUCUUAUCCUGGAAUGGUAUCACCAUAAAUUUCGUCAUGCAAACCACGAAACAGUAUGUAAUGAGAUACGACAACGCUAUGAGGUGGCAAGAUUAAGAUCGUUGAUACGAAAGAUCCACAAAAACUGCGCUUGGUGUCGAGUCUUCAAUGCUACUCCUCAACCGCCGGUAAUGGGGUUGCUUCCAGAAGAGAGGCUAACGCCAUUCGUACGCCCUUUCACGUACGUCGGAUUAGACUACUUUGGGCCGGUAUUUGCCAAAGUCGGGCGCAGUCAGGCUAAAAGAUGGAUUGCACUUUUUACAUGUCUUUCCAUUCGAGCGGUCCAUAUGGAGGUAGUGCAUAGCUUAUCAACAGAUUCAUGUGUUAUGGCUGUUCGGAGAUUCGUAUCUCGACGCGGUUCACCGGCGGUCAUUUACUCGGAUAACGCCACCUGUUUUCAAGGAGCAAACCGACAGCUUCAGGAGGAAAUCACGCGUAGAAACGAAACACUUGCAACUACCUUCACCAACUCCCACACCAAAUGGAAGUUUAUCCCGCCCGCGACCCCACACAUGGGCGGAGCGUGGGAGCGGCUCGUCAGAUCUGUAAAGACAGCAAUAGGUUCAUCACUAGACCAUCCUCGUAAACCCAGCGAUGAAACAUUAGAGACUAUAAUCUACGAAGCGGAAGCGCUAGUCAAUUCACGACCGUUAACGUAUAUACCGUUGGAGCACGCGGACCAAGAAUCAUUGACGCCAAACCACUUCCUCUUGGGCAGCUCAACGGGUAACAAGAUCGAGCCAGCUACCGUAUCAGAACACGCUACACUUCGCAAUAGCUGGAACAUGGCACAGCAUAUCGUUAGUGAAUUUUGGAAGAGAUGGAUAAAAGAAUAUCUGCCGGUCAUAACACGUCGGAGCAAAUGGUUUGAAGAAACCAAGGAGCUCGAGAAAGAUGAUCUGGUACUGGUCGUGAACGGAGCUAAACGCAAUCAGUGGAUUCGAGGACGUGUCAUAGAAACGGUUGUUGGUCGUGACGGAAGAGUACGCCAAGCACUGGUGCGUACAGCGAAUGGUACCAUACGUCGGUCUGUGAUUAAGUUGGCGGUGUUGAACGUCGAUAAGGGUGGUAAACCUACGAAGCUUCCAGAUGACCCAGGACUUCAACUAGGUUUACGGGAGGGGGUAUGUGCCGACAACACCCCUCGCUGCAGCGGCGCUGCUGAUCGAUCGACUAAAUUGUCAUCGACGCGCGAUGGAGUCAUACAAGAAUGA